GAGCCUGCUUGGCUUUGUUUGUUUGCUUGGUUUUGCUACCCAGGAUUUGACCUUCAGCAGCCAAGCGCCGGAUCCUUCCACCAUUCAUUCCUCCGGCUGGGCGCCUCCUCUGCCUUUCCCCCCUCUGCAGCUUGGGAAGAGGAGGCGAAGAAGGGAAGGAGAAGCCAAACAUCCAAGCAAGAGAGAGAGACACACACACGCGCGCACACACAGAGAGAAACCCGGCUUUGGAAUCCGCCGCCAGGAUCUCUCUCGAGCCUCGCCUCGCCUGGGUUGUUUGUUGUCGGCGUCGUUUGCAAAAGGGAGGCGCCUGGAGAGAGGGAUUCACUCCGUAUUUAUUUGGCGUCUUCUGUCUUUAUUUUUUCAGAGGGGGGUGUCUGUCAUCCCUUUGCUCCCCUCUUCCUCCCUCCUCUUUCAUAUUUGGGAAGGAGCCUGGGAAAAAAGGAGGGGGAGACACACACACACACAGAGAAAGGGAGGCCAAGCCUUUUGCGCGCCGCGUCCCCUCCCUCCAUUCAUCGCCAUUCCGCAUUUGGGAUUGCCAACAAAACGCCUCCAACCGAAGAGAAACAGGAAAAGGAGCCUUGAGAAAGGGGGUUCGGACCCUUUGAAGGACGCUUCAUCCAUCCCUGGGGCAAAAAAAUUACAAAGACAGAGAAAGGCGUCAGAAAGAGAGGGAAACGCACCAAACCUCUCCAGAAACAACAACAACAAGAGCCUGCCUUCCACCUUACAAUUGGAAGAAAUAUUGGAUUGAUUCUGUUUUUCACCCUCCAUCCUUUUCCUGCAUUUCUGCUAAAGGCUUUUGGGAUUUUUUGGCCUUUUUGGAGGUUGUUUUGAAAAGGAAAAGGAAGGAGAAGCCGUGCGUAAAAGCAGGAGGCCCAUUGCGCACAGGAGCAAAAGACCAAGCUACAGCCGUCCUCGGCUUGGAGGCGGCGAAGAGGGGCUCCGUGUUUGUGUUUUUCCUGUUUGUUUGUUUAUUUGUUUGCUUGUGGGGGUGGGGCGGGAAAGGCAAGCCCGGCAGGAAGGAGGAGGAGAAGGAGAGGAAAAAAGAUGGAGGUCGAAGAUGCGGACUGUUUGCUCCAACGUGUGACAUGUUUGCUGCUCCUGGAUGACUGCAGGCGAGGCUGAGGCGCGCACAAACGCCAAUCUUUCCUCCUCGGAAGAGAAAAGGGGCGAAGGACCCCUGUGUUGCCUCCCCAAAAGACUCCUUCCUCCCUUCCCUCCCCCCAAAAGUGGGGGACCCCGAUAGAGGCAAGAACCAAGCGGGGAGGGAAACAUCCAAGCCGUUUUUAGGACUCCAAAACGCCUCUCUUUCCCUCCUUUCCCCACAAGGAGGAUUUGGCUUUUCCCCUCCCCACGAAGAUCCUUCUUUUUGGGCAGGGGAGGGGAAGAAGAGUCCACGACUUCUCUGGAAAUCUGUACAUAUUUAUUAGUAUUGUUAUUAUUUUCUCCCUCUUUUUGGACUUCCCGAAGGCCAGUUUUGUUCCCAACCCAGAAGGACAAAAAAGAGGAAUGAAGUCUGGCGCUGGAGGAGGGUCCCUGACCUUAUAUGGGGGGCUUUUGGUGAUCUUGACCACGUUUUGCUUCGGACCAGCAAAUGGAAAAAUCUGUGGGCCAAACAUCGAUCUCCGCAACAGCAUUGAGCAGCUCAAAGAGCUGGAGGACUGUACGGUGGUGGAAGGGUACCUCCGCAUCCUGUUGAUCAACCAAGGCGAGGAUUUCAGCAACAUCCGCUUCCCGAAGCUGACCAUGAUCACGGACUACUUGCUGCUCUUCCGGGUGGCCGGCCUGGAGACCCUGAGCGACCUCUUCCCCAACCUGACCGUCAUCCGGGGCCGGAACCUCUUCUACAACUAUGCCUUGGUCAUCUUCGAGAUGGCCAACCUCAAGGAGAUCGGGCUGUACAACUUGAGGAACAUCACCCGGGGGGCCAUCCGGAUCGAGAAGAACUCGGACCUGUGUUACCUCUCGACCAUCGACUGGUCCCUCAUCUUGGAUGCCGUCUCCAACAACUACAUCGUGGGUAAUAAGCCGGCGAAAGAGUGUGGAGAUUUAUGCCCGGGAACGGCGGAGCAGAACCCGCUGUGCGAAAAGACGUUGAUUAACAACGAAUACAGCUACCGCUGCUGGACGUCCAACCACUGCCAGAAAAAGUGUCCCAGGUCUUGCGGCAAAUACGCUUGCACCGAACAGAACGAGUGCUGCCAUCCCGAAUGCUUAGGGAGCUGCACCGUGCCGAACAACAACACGGCAUGCGUGGCUUGCCGCAACUACUACCACGACGGCGCGUGCGUGCCCACCUGCCCUCCCAACACCUACAAGUUUGAGGGCUGGCGCUGCAUCACCAAGGAGAACUGCUCCCGAAUCCUGCUUUCCCCGGAGAGCCUCGAGUACGAGAGCUUUGUGAUCCACGAGGACGAGUGUGUGCAGGAGUGCCCUUCUGGGUUUAUACGCAAUGAUACCCAAAGCAUGUUCUGCAGCCCUUGUGAAGGUCCUUGCCCCAAAGUGUGCGCGGACGAGAAAACCAUCACCAUCGAUUCCGUCACGUCAGCACAGUCCUUGAAAGGAUGCACAGAAAUCAAAGGGAACCUGCUUAUCAAUAUCCGUCGGGGCAAUAACAUUGCUUCUGAACUGGAGAACUUCAUGGGCCUGAUCGAAACCGUGACUGGCUAUGUGAAGAUCCGCCACUCGCAUGCUCUGGUGUCUCUGUCUUUCUUGAAGAAUCUACGGUAUAUUAAUGGAGAGGACCAGCUGGAAGGGAAUUACUCCUUUUACGUCCUGGACAACCAAAACCUGCAGCAACUGUGGGACUGGAGCCACCAUAACCUGACCGUCAAGGAGGGGAAGAUGUACUUUGCGUUCAAUCCCAGGCUCUGCGUUUCCGAGAUUUACCGCAUGGAGGAGGUGACUGGAACCAAAGAUCGGCAAAACAAAGGCGACAUCAACCCGAGGAACAACGGGGACCGGGCCUCCUGCGAAAGCCACAUUCUAAAAUUUGUUUCCAACACUACAAUGAAGAAUCGGAUCAAGCUCACUUGGGAACAGUAUCGCCCUAAGGACUAUAGAGAUCUGAUCAGCUUCACUGUGUAUUACAAAGAAGCGCCCUUUCAGAACGUGACGGAAUAUGACGGGCAGGACGCCUGCGGCUCGAACAGCUGGAACAUGGUGGACGUGGACCUGCCUCCCAAUAAAGAGGACAAUCCGGGGAUUUUACUGCAGGCACUGAAACCAUGGACUCAGUACGCCAUUUAUGUCAAAGCCGUCACUCUGACCAUGAUGGAGAACAACCACGUCCACGGAGCAAAGAGUGAGAUUGUCUACAUCCGAACUAAGGCUGCAGUGCCAUCCAUCCCUCUGGACGUCAUAUCCGCAUCCAACUCUUCCUCUCAGCUGAUUGUGAAGUGGAACCCUCCCACUUACCCCAAUGGCAACCUCUCGUAUUACAUUGUCCGGUGGCAACAGCAGCCCCAGGACAAUUAUCUGUAUCGGCACAGUUAUUGCUCCAAAGAACGAGUUCCGAUCCGGAGGUAUGCUGACGGCACCAUCGAUACCGAAGAAGCCACGGAGCCCACCAAACCUGAGGGCUCAGGGGGAGAGAAGGGGCCUUGCUGCGGCUGCCCAAAGACGGAGGCAGAGAAGCAAGCCGAGAAGGAGGAGGCCGAGUACCGAAAGGUCUUUGAGAAUUUCCUCCACAACGCCAUAUUCCUGCCCAGACCGGACCGGAAACGGAGGGACUUGUUCCGAAUUGCAAACACGACUUUUGCCAGUAAGAACAGGACCGCAGCCGCCCCGGAGCACGUGACCAACGCGUCCGAUGCCGAGGAGAGCGAAAUGGAGUUUCCUUUCUCUGAAAGAAAAGUGGAAGGCCGGGAGCGGACUCUCAUCUCCCAUCUCCUGCCCUUCACGCUCUACCGGAUCGACAUCCACAGCUGCAACCACGAAGCCGCGCUCCUGGGCUGCAGCGCUUCUAACUUUGUGUUCGCACGAACGAUGCCUGCAGAGGGAGCGGAUGACAUUCCAGGACCAGUAACGUGGGAAGGAAAAGAAGAAAACACAAUAUUUCUGAAGUGGCGGGAACCUGUUAGCCCCAACGGUUUGAUUCUGAUGUAUGAAAUCAAAUAUAAACAAAGUGAGGAGAAAGGGUUGUGUGUUUCCAGACAAGAGUACAAGAAACUCGGAGGAGCCAAACUGACGAAUCUGAACCCUGGAAAUGUCACCGUCCGAGUCCAGGCCACGUCUUUGGCAGGGAACGGGUCCUGGACGGAGCCAAUCUCAUUCUAUGUCCAACCCAAGCCCGCGAACUAUGGGAACUUCUUGCAUUUAAUUAUCGCUCUGCCCAUUGCGGUCCUGUUGAUUGUGGGAGGGCUUCUCAUCAUGCUGUACGUCUGUAACAAAAAGAGGAAUAGCGACAGGCUUGGAAAUGGAGUACUUUAUGCCUCUGUCAACCCUGAAUAUUUCAGUGCUUCAGAUGUGUACGUGCCGGAUGAAUGGGAGGUGCCUCGGGAGAAGAUCACCAUGUGCCGCGAAUUGGGGCAGGGCUCCUUCGGGAUGGUGUACGAAGGGAUCGCGAAGGGGGUGGUCAAGGACGAGCCCGAAACCAGGGUGGCCAUCAAGACGGUCAACGAAUCGGCCAGCAUGCGAGAGCGGAUCGAGUUUUUGAACGAAGCUUCGGUGAUGAAGGAGUUCAACUGUCAUCAUGUUGUGAGGCUCCUUGGUGUCGUGUCCCAAGGCCAACCCACAUUGGUCAUCAUGGAGCUCAUGACACGCGGAGACCUGAAGAGUUACUUGCGCUCCCUUCGGCCGGACACAGAGAAUAACCCAGCGCAUACUCUUCCGGCCCUGAAGAAGAUGAUCCAGAUGGCUGGCGAGAUUGCUGAUGGCAUGGCCUAUCUCAAUGCCAACAAGUUUGUCCACAGAGACCUCGCGGCAAGGAACUGCAUGGUGGCCGAGGACUUCACUGUGAAAAUUGGAGAUUUUGGCAUGACAAGGGAUAUCUAUGAGACCGAUUACUAUCGGAAAGGUGGGAAGGGCUUGCUGCCCGUCCGCUGGAUGUCCCCAGAAUCGCUGAAGGAUGGCGUCUUCACAACUCACUCGGACGUUUGGUCCUUUGGUGUUGUCUUGUGGGAGAUAGCCACACUGGCUGAGCAGCCUUAUCAAGGCAUGUCGAAUGAGCAGGUCCUUCGCUUUGUGAUGGAGGGUGGCCUUCUGGAGAAGCCAGACAACUGUCCCGAUAUGCUCUUUGAGCUCAUGCGAAUGUGCUGGCAGUACAAUCCCAAGAUGAGACCGUCUUUCUUGGAAAUCAUCGGCAGCAUUAAAGACGAGCUCGACCCGGCCUUCAAGGAGGUCUCCUUCUUCUACAGCGACGAGAACAAGCCGCCCGAUACGGAAGAGCUUGACUUGGAGGCGGAGAACAUGGAGAGCAUUCCUUUAGAUCCUUCCUCGACCCUCCAGCCUUCUGACAAACACUCAGGACAUAAAGCGGAGAACGGCCCCGGCGUGGUGGUCUUGCGGGCCAGCUUUGAGGAGAGACAGCCGUACGCGCAUAUGAACGGGGGGCGCAAGAACGAGCGCGCCUUGCCUUUGCCCCAGUCUUCGGCCUGCUGACCUCUAGAACCAGGUUUUUUUUGGGUUGCAAACACAUACAUGCAUCAGGAGGGGGGUGGGGGACAAGAGCAAGGAAAAGAAACAUUAACAAUUCAUUCAAAAGCCUACUGUACCUCAGCGGAUCUUCAGAGCUAUCACAGCUCCACACAGGAGAAUCCUCUCUUCAGUUCGAAGUUGAAAUGACGGUUUUUUCCCCCUUCUCUCUCUUUGUUUUCAAUAUGCAAGCAGAAGAUUGUUUCAAGCAAAAGAACUCUUGUUUAAGUGGGGCGCACAGAGAGCCUUCUAAAACUUUUUAGCGUUAAUACUUAAUAGCAAACAGAAAACUUGAUCUGAUGUGUGUCUCCUUUUUCUCUUCUUUCUCUCUGCUUCAUAAUGGGAAACAUAUCUGCGUGAAGUUCAACUGUUGGCACUUUUUUUUUCCAAGGAAAAAGAAAUCACAUCAAAAAUUGCAGGCCGACCAGCUCUCUCUCCGUUCCCUCUGGCAAGCACCGGCCUGACAUUGUAGGCUGUUACAAAAACGAAACAGGAUUCAAAGGAGAGGGGGAAAAAAUUAAAGAAACCAGGCUGGAGAUUUAAUAUUGUUCCUUGACACCUUUUUUUAGGAUCACAUGAAAAAAGAUCAAAGGGCCAUUGUUUGUCCAAGGUUGUAAUUGUUUUCAACGCUGCCAAAUUUUGCCAAAAAGAAAAAAGAAGACAAAGAGAAGAACGUUCUUUUAGGAUUUCUCUUUUUUUUUGCAUAGGCCUGGAAGGAGCAAAAUAAGCAUAUGCUCCAUUUAAAUGAAAUACAGAUCAAUACACUCCAAACAAACACUGACAUUUAAUAAGGUCUAAUUGUCUAAUUUUUUUUGGACUGGACAAAACCUUGGUUGUUUAUUUUUUAAAAUAAAAACAACAACACCACAGUUGAGAACAUAAGAGGCGGAGGCUGAAUAAAUUGCCUGCCUUUACAUUCUGGACAAAACUGGCACUGGUGAGCCAAACCAGAGGGUGGGGGGAAAAUGUGUAUUUUGUGCAGAAAAUUCAACGGCACUCCGAAAGGAAAGAAAGAAAGACAAAACCAGAAGGGAUUUCCAUGAGGUGUUCCUGUUGCCCUUGGCAGGCUUGCAGGACAAACAAACAAACAAACAAAAAACUUAAGACACAAACAUUGAAGAAGAAUAGCCAAUUAAAUGGAUUCAAGCAUCCAACACUUUGUUGACCUUUUUUUUCCUCUAUGUUAUUAUUGAGACUUCAAAAGGGUCUGGCAGUUCUAUGUUAGACCACGGAUCAUUUGCAUACACAUUGUCUUUUUGUGUCACUUUUAUAACUUUUUUACAGUUCAGAUAACUCAUCUAUAUGUCUGUACAGAAAAAGAAAAAAGCUGCUAUUUUUUUGUUCUUUAUCUUUGUGGAUUUAAUCUAUAAGAAAUACUUCAGGUCUACCCCCCCUUCCUUUUCCCCCCUUGCCUUUCUCCCCUCCCCACAUUCCCAAGCAGUUUCUUAUGCUUUGUACGAUAAACGUGUACGGUCUUUUCUCCUUCGCCGACCACCACCACUUCCCCCAAGAUGUGAUACCUGAAAUAUGAUUUGCCAUCAACUGUUUAAUGCCUUUUAUAAACACAUCUCUGCUUGUCUUUUUUUUCUGUUUCUCCCCCACAACCCCUUUCUGCUUUUUUUAUUUAAAAAAAGGUUAUUUGGGGUAAAGCGCUCUUUAUGGAGCGGGAGGGUCUGCAUGGCCGGUUGCGCGUCCGCACCACGUCUGGAUGCGUGUCUUCUUCUCCAUCAUCAUCAUCAUCAUCAACAACUGUACUCUCUUUUCCCUUCUCCUUUGCCCAUUUGGCACCCGUCUCUGUUACAGUGCAAGGUAUGAUGGAAACUCAGGUCGGGGGAAAAAAGUUUUAACUAUUUCGUACAUUCUUACUCAGUGUUCAUGUUCAUAUUGGUGUACAGUAGCCUCGCCCUGCUUUUCCCUUUUUGCCUUCUUUUUUGGGUUGUAUCUCGCAAACGAAACGACCGCACACCUAUGUAUUUUAACUGUUGGGUGCAAAUAGCUGUUGAGUUGCAAAUACCAGACUUUGGGGGGGGUGUCAUUAUUUCUCAAAUAUAACAACAAUAAUAUGAAUGGUACCGAUGACGAUAAUGGAACAUUGUUAACCUUCCACCCGGCAAACAACGCAUGUAUAAUUCUUAGCCAGUGGGUAACUCUACAAGGCCAUGGGCCCUUCCGUGUUUAUCGGGCUCCCGUUGCUCCAAUUCCCAUAUCAGAAAAGAAUUAAAGUUGGUUAUUAUUUGUCAGAAUGGUGGGUGGUUAAGAAAUAACAUGAAGGCAAGCUGCAGAGAAUUUGGGGGGGGGGGGGUCACUUCUUUUGUUGUAUCUCUGACAUUAUGCAGCAAUUUCACUGAGACUCCCCCCCCCCCCAAAAAAAAAGAACCCCAAUAGGGACAUAAUAGCCUAAUUGCAUGCAUUUUAUCAAGAAAGACGGAGCCCUCAGUUUCCAAAGUGAAGGUGCCUUAACGCUUGUUAAUUCACCUGUAGUUACUGCAUGGAAAUUCUGUAUUAGCACUGAACCAACCAAAGUCUGGCAGCAAAGAGGAAGGAUUGUUCUGAGAUGGAAAUAAUGAAUUUAUUCUCUCUUUUUUAUGUGGGAGGGGGUGGGAUUGUUUGAAAAAGAACAAAGAAAUGAAAUAUAACUGCUAGAUGUGACUGGAGAUAAAAAGAAAAUAUAUGUUUGUAGUGCUUUUUUCCCUUUCCUCGCUUGUGUAGCUUCAGUCCCACCAUCUUCUUUUCACCUCUCAUAGUUGUUGUUUUUUUCCCCUUUCUAAAAAAGAAAAAAGAGAAAAAAAGAAAGAAUAAAAAGUAUUCUAUGUAGGAUUUUUUAUUUAUUUUUGUGCUAUCAGUUUAAAUCACUGUAGAGAUACCCCAUAAUAAUAAAUUUUAAAUAACUGAAAUAAGGGUUUUGGAGUUAUGAAAGGGGGACAGUUUUCUUUUUAUUAUUUUUUUCCAAACAUUUAUCUACCUCACUCUUUAUUUUUUUUUGUGUAUAUAUAAAAAAUAUACAUCUCACAUUUCUCAGCAGCCGACAAUAUACUGUUGAAUACUGGUAAUGUUCAUUGUUCAAACCACAUCAUCCUCCGGGUUUUGGAGAGGGGAAGUCACUGCCGAAUCAAAAAGGUCGCUCAAAAAAGCCGGUUAGUUGCUGCUUUACAAACACAUACAUGUGUGCUUUCUCUCUCUCACUGGUGUGUUGAGGGAUGCAAGAAAUUGUCAAGUGUGGAACUAAAAGCUGCUCUGAGUCCUGUUAAAACAGAUGGGCACAAAAAAAAAAAAAAGCCAGUGAAGGCAUGGCCGUGACUUCAAGGAAAUUGGUGCAAUCAAAGCACGCAUUAUCAUCCGAGGUGUAAACACACGUCUCUGCAAUUUUUAAGAAAAAAUAGAUGAGUAUUUGCACAUCUCUCAUGUGACUAAAUUGGGGUGCUCGCUCUCCUAAAUGAGACGGCACCAAAAUGAGACGUUACGGCUAAGUGGUCCAUGCUGCUAAGAAUAAAGGGAUGCUAAGUUUGAUUUUUUGCGGCCAGAUUGAACCGUGAACUAUCUCAAACCACCAACCCAUUCAAUGUGCGUUGUCUGGUUGCUAGGUGGAGCUGCUGCGGUUUCGGCGUGAGCGCUGCUAAGUGUUUAAUUCUGUGCCGGAAACAGCUUCCCUUACCUCUCCAAUGGAGUUUGUAGGCAUUUACCAAAACUGUAACUGACUGAUGAUUGAAUAGAUGAAUUUUCUGAUUCAGUCAGCCACUGAUUUAUGCAUUUAAUUGAUAAAAUACGUGAUUCUAGCAAGUACUCCUUGUGGCAUCAGAAUAAUUGUUAAUUGGCUAAUUUGGCAUUUCAAAACAAAUUGUUGUGGUUACAUACCUCGAAUGUGGCCUUGAAGGGAAAUCAGGGUUGUCUAGUUCUUUCUUUUUGAAUUUUGGAUAUAGCCAGUCCACCAGGCCUGCCUUUGCAUAGUGUCCUUGAUUCUGGCUUUUCUUCUCGGCGACCUUUUUGUCACAGCGGCAGUGGCCUCUCCUCUCUUGCACAUAUUAUUCCCCACAACUGUGGGGUUCCUCAGAUCUCUCAGCUGGCUUAAAGAGGGUUUUCUUUAAAAACUGUCCAAGUUAUUAUUUUUUUAAUUGUUUGUAGAUGGUUUAAAACAUAUUAGGAGAGAACACUAACAUUUGUAGUACCCAUCUGAACACACAUUUCAGAAGCAUUCAAGUGGAAGGCAGUCAUGUGAUUGGAAAGCGGGCUCCUCGGAUAAAUUCAGCCCAUGCGAAAUAAGACCACCUUGACUCUACCAUUCUGUAUUCUGUACUCAUGAUAUCUCUUUUAAAAAUAAUCUAUUUUGGCUUCCACAGCUUUUUUUGUUUUGUUUUGGGAGUGCGUGUGCAUGCACAUGUGUGUGCGUGUCUGUCCCAGAUCUGCCCUACUUUUCCCAUACAGUCCUCUACUGAUGGUAUAUAAUGUAUGUUUAUGCAUGUCAAAAAUUGGGUGCAAGGGACAGAGAAUUUAUUUAACAUUCAGGUUCUUGAUAAGCCUUUGGUCGCCACCAGGUAUAGCUCCCUAGCCAACAACAUAGAAAUCAAUCAGCUUUGGUGAAGGGCAGAAAGUUGAAGGACUUGUUGAGGACCUGAGAAUAGUCCUUCUGCAUCAGACCAAAGGUCCAUCUGGCCUUUCUUCUUGUUUCCUUUGGUGGCCGACCAGAAGCUUCCAGACCAUGAGGGUAGCGGCCUUUCCCUUUUUGUCUUCAGCAAGUGAUAUGUUAUUAAGAAGUAUGUUGUAUCUGAGCCUAGAGGUUCCGUAUAAGUAUCUUGGCCACAAACAUUGAUAAGUCUCCUUUUCUUCCAUGUCUUUGUCAAAUACCCUGUUGAAACUGUAUAAGCCAAUUUAAGUGCAUUCCAUAUUUUCUGUGUCCUGAAUCUACUAUCAGUCCAUUUUAUUGGGUGAUCUGGAGCCACUACCUGUGUCCUGAACACAGUGCAAAUUGUCAACAUCUAAGUGCAGAUUGUAAACAUAGGUUUUCUCAUCACGACCACCUCUGUCUUUUUAUGAACCUCUGUAUCGUUUUCACUUUUCCUCAUAGUGAAUUUGCUCCAGGAUCUAUUUCUGUGUUUUGUUUCCAUUCUACGGCACGUUGAAAUUGUGUUACCGCUUUUGUAUUUCUACCAUAGACUUAAUACCGUAAUUGCAGUUUUACUUUCUUUGUUGUGAAUGACUGCAACCCAUCCACCCCACCUUCUGAUCAUCUCAAAACUAUCCAGAUCAUAUCAGCAUAAGUGUGGAUGGGAUUGUUUGUCCCAAUAGGCCUAACUUUGCAUUGAACCACACUUGCUGUGUUAUCUGUUAGCGCAGUUCGGCUCGGAGGGAUAGUGUUCUUUGGUGGAAUGCUUUGUAGUCAGCUAAGGGUGUUCACCAUCCUCGAAUAACUUGGCAUCAUUCACAAACCUGGCUACCUCAUUGGUGACCCUAUACUCCAGAUCACUGAAGGAUAAGGGCCAUCAGCCCUAGAUCUUCAGGGCCAGUGAAGGGAGGGACUUUGUUAUUUAUAUCUCCCCAUCGAGAAGGCUGCCCUUUGUAUUUGUCUUCUGCUUUUUGUAAGGAAUUGAUCCACAACAGGACAUAGUUAGUGGCCUAAAGCAUCCUUGGCAAAGAGAGGCUUUACCAAAAUGCCUUUUGGAGGUCCAUGCAUGUACUACCUAAUGGAUUAUUUUCCCUAAUGAUAUUUUGGCAGUAAACUAAAACAUUGGCGAGGCCCUUUGCAGAAGCCGUUUGCCUGCUUCUGUUUACAAUCCUGUACAUUGGCUUUGCUGGGACAGAUGUUGGACUAAUGCCCUGUAAUUGCACAUCGACCUCCCCACCCUCUUUACAAAUGCCGAUAGCAGAGUUACCUUGUAAUCUUUUUAAGGGGGUUAAGACAGAAGAAAUGGGGUAGACAGUUUUUGCAUUUAUUUGUCUAUCUCGUUGUCUCUUGUACUGCGAGCGGGGCUCCUGUUUUUGUUACCGUUUUGCAUAAUUAUGUUACAGUAAGCAAUUUCCUCAUCCCUGCAUGUACGCUGUGUGGACGUGGACAAGUUAAAUUAUAACAUAUCAAUUAGCGCAGAACCUUCAUGUCUCAUUGAUUCUGUUUGACUCCGUUUUCUCUGAUGUCCUCCUUUUCCAUAAAGUGGUUCAGGCAAAGAUUGUCACUGUGGGCUUUCAGUGGCGUAUACAGAAAGUGGUUUGGUUAUAGAGGAAGGAAUCCUGAUCCAAAAGUGUUGUUUAUUCUGAUUCGAGUAUUCGGGAUUGUUUUGACGAUGGCGGAGUAUAAGGCAAAGCUCGUUUCCAUCUGCACAAGUGGUUCUUAACCUGUGAGUCCCCAGAUGUUUUGGCCCACAACUCCCAGAAAUCCCAUCCAGUUUAUCAGCUGUUAGGUUUUCUGGGAGUUGAAGGCCAAAACAUCUGGGGACCCACAGGUUGAGAACCACUGAUCUAAGCCUUUAUGAAUGGUUCCAAAUGAAGUUAAGAUUCUCAAAGUUUGUUAGCACUGAUGUUCUUGUUGAUUGAAAAACUAAACCUAGUUAUCCUAGGAUUGGUCACAAGAUGGAACUGCUGUUUCUAUCUCGGGUUGUUUUGUCCAACCCAUGUCUAUAUGAAUCACUCCUCUCAGCAGUAUAAUGUACUUUAUAGUUUUAUUUAACAAAAUCUUUCCAUUCCAGUAGUCAGUGACCUUUUUUUUCUUACUCACUUCCGUGUUUUGCUUCUCAAUAAUGUACUUCAUGGCAAGAAGUGGAGCCAUUGCUGCUUCUGCUGGGUUUGCGUAUAGCAGCGAUGGAUGCCAGAUACUACACUCUUUAAUGAAGAGUUGGCACAAACUUAACAACGGAGUAAGAUCAUUUAGGCUGGAAGUGCUGAAGAUACAGAACACAUCUAAGAUGUUAGGCGACAUCUCAGUUUGGAAGGCUAGAUGAUUCUGAAUUAAGUCCUUUCAAUAAGAUAAAAUAAGGAACCAUUGUGAGGUCCAUCCAAAGUGAAAGAAAGAAGAUGCAAGCAGGGCUGUUCGUAAAUUGGGCGAGAAAGCAGAUACCCUGAUCUAAUAAGACAACAAACAGGUUUACUGAAGUUUAAGAGUUGUUGAUAACUAGUUAUUUGCAGAAUGGAAAUCCAGUCUCCCAGCAAUCCUUUUUCUGUAGAAAUUUGCUCAUGUCUUGUUCACUGUGAUCCCUUCGGUACAUACAGAGCUGCCACACAAAGGGCUUCCCCAUUCACUUUGGUGGAAUAUUAUAGCUUCAUUGGUGUCAACAGGAAGGAAAAAACUUUGUGGAGAGGAGAACAUGCUUUGUGUGUUGAUUGCAUUCUUUGGAAGGGAUUUCUUGACUGAGCCAGCUGACCAUUAUUAAGUGUUGCACGGAUUCCAGAUGUUGUGCAUGCGGAAUGGGUGUGGAUACACGUGUAGCUAUCAUCGUUUCGAUUCUGUACCCUUUUUCUGUUGUCUAGCAAUUCAUUUAACAUUUUCAAUAGGGCUCUUAAGUCCAGUAGAUUACGGGUAGUCAGUUGACAAAAGAUCUGGUUUACAAAAAAACUUAUUUACAUAUUUCAUUGCAUGUUGUAAGUACACAGGAUCAUUUUUACAGGAAAAAAAAACAGUUUGUAAUUCAUAAAUGCCUAAAGGUAAUUUAAUGGCAUCCUCCUCUCUCUGGUGUGUGUGUAUGUGUGUGAGGUUUUCUUUUUUUAGGAGACAGUUGUUCCUAGCUAGCUUUCCAGUAUGGAUCCUGCACCAACUUUUCAAAUCACGGCUCCUUUCUUGCCCCAAACAAACAGUUCUGUAUCUUCAGUAACCUGGUCUUCCAGAGCCCCUUAGAAGGACGGGAUCGUCUUCAACCAGGCGUUUUACUUUCACUGUGUAAGUGUAGGUUGGGAUAAACCUCAUUGGUUAAGGAAACAGAAUCAAGUAUUGCUGCUAAGCAGUGUUUAGUAACAGUGCUAAGUGUGUCUUUUUGGAGGUAAAUAGCACUGGAACUGGUGGGUCUUACUUCUAAGGAAAUGUACUUAGGAUUAGAAUUAGGUUUGUGUUAUUUAAGUAUCUGCUUUAAUGUUUAGGUAGACUGAAGGAUUUGACUGAAAGGCCAUUUUCUGAUCAGAUCACAGAAUUGAGAGACAACUGUGUUUACAGUUUCCUUAUUCUGUCGAAAGAGAAGGCAACGUAGAUUGCAAGCAAGCUAUACAUUUCUGUUUUUAGCAGCAUUAAAGCUUUGUUUUCAGUUACCAUCCGGGGUCCCUAUUUAUUAUUAUUUAAACAAUAUUGAAAAUCCUAUUUUUUCCCCCUUGAAAAAUAAUAGCCACCCAUCUUUACACAAUGGCUUCUGUAUGGUUUUAUUACCUUACAAUAUAUAUAUAUAUAUAUUCUGUUUUCUAAACCAGUGAGGUUUGAGAAGAAAGGACUACCUCUGGGACAGGAAAAACAAUUUAAAAACAACAACAAACAAACCAAACCAAACACCCCCACCCCCAAAAUCCCAUAGAAAGUGCUAUGGAACCGAAUGCAUUUACAAACAUAACAUUUUUUCCAAGUUAUACCUUGUUUAAAAUACAAAGUUUUUUUUAAAAAAAAUUUAAAAAAGAAUAAAACAGUAAUAACACGGCCAAUUUAUUACGUAAAGACUUGCUGUGUAUAAAUUAUUCCUAAAGAAAAUUCCUGUGUUUAUAUUAAAAUGAAUCAGUAGAUGAUGAAAUAAAAAAUUCAAAAUGUUUUUGUAUAUUCUGUUGUAAGAAUUUAUUCCUGUUGCGAUAUAUUCUGGAUUCUUUACAUUAUGAAAAAAAGAACCUUUGUCUAUUUUGAAUGGCUGAAGCUAAGGCUGCUUUAGUUUCUCUUACUCUGCUUUUUUCUAGUAGUUACAGUACUACAUGAUUAAGUUAAAUAAAAAGGAUUCUGUAUGCA